AUGUCAAUUGAAGAAGAUAUAUUAGAUAAACAAGAUUAUGUAUCUCAAUCAAGUUUACAUUAUUUAUUACAAGAAUUAGUACCUACUUCAAUUAGAAUUAGUGAAAAGUUAAUAAACACAACCACUACUACAAUAGAUACCAGAGAAUUUCAAACAAGAAUAGAUACUCAAUUAUCAUCAAUUCAUAAUGAUUUACCAGGGACAAUAAAUGUACUUAAUUCAAAUUUAAUUAAUUCAGAUGAUGUUUCUAUUCGAAUAGAAUCAUUUGGUUAUCAAUUGGGUAUUAAAUUGUCAGAGAUUUUAUUAUUUAAAAAUAAUCAAUCUAAAAUUAUUGAUAUACUUGAUAUAAUGAAGUUUGUAUGUAGAGAUGUUUGGAAAUCAUUAUAUAAUAAGCAAAUGGAUAAUCUACGAACAAAUCAUCGAGGUACUUUUGUACUCGUUGAUUCAAAUUAUAGAGUAAUUUCCCAUUUAAAUUCAAGUAAAGGGAUGAAAGAUACAUUAAUGAAGUCAAGAAUAUAUUUAUGGUUUCCAUGUGGUAUUAUAAAAGGUAUCUUACUGUCAUUUGGUAUAGAAAGUAAUGUAACAGCAGAUGUUAAUAAUUAUCCAUCAGUUAUUUUUAACAUUCAAACAAAUAUAAAUAAUUAGAAAAAAAUAUAUAACUGUGAUGCCACAACCACCUUCUAUUCUACGUAUUAAAAGGAAACGAAAUCAAGAUCCAUUACAAGCUUUAAUAUUAGAAGAUAAACAAUCAAUUAAAAGAUCAAAACCAUCAACACCAUUAACAACACCAACAAAAUCAAGAUCAAUUGAAAAUUUUAAUAAUUAUGUUUUUAAAUUACAAAGAACAGAUGAUAAAGUGAAUAUUCAAGAUGAAUCAAUUAUAAAUAGUAUUCUUAAAGAAUCAAAUGGUAAUAAUUUCAUUAUACCAAAAAAUCAGAUUGAACAAGAUACUACUAUUCCUCAUGAAUUAUCAGAUAUGGUUCAAUCUUAUUUAUCUUUUGAUAAAAAUUCACCACCAAGGAGGAAAAGAAGUAGUAGGAAAAGUUUUAGUGAGGAUAAAAAACAACCAAUUUUAGAUGAUUAUGUUUAUGAUGUUUAUAUUAUGGAUACUAAUGAACCAUUAACUAGUGCAAAUCAUCCGUCAAGUCAAAUUGGGUAUAUAAAAUUCUUUGAUGAGACUAGUAAUGAAUUAAUUAAUAAUGAUGACGAUGAAAAAGAUGAUGAACGAGUUUUAACUGAUGAUGAAGAUUCAAAUGCUGAAUCAUUUUAUCAAAAUGAUUAUCCAAGUGAUGAAGAUGCUGGGGGGUUAGAAGAUCCAGUGGAAUUUGAGGGAGAGACUGAAGAUGAUGGAUAUGUUCCUUAUGAUGGAACAGGUUUAAAAGGAGAUGAAUAUUAUGAUUAUGGAGAAUUGGAAAAUUAUGAAGAAGAUGAUUAUUUUGAAGAUGAUAACUAUAAUAGGAACCAGUUUUUCGAUACUGAUAAAGAUGAUCCAAUUGCAAUUCAUAGGGAUAAAAUAUUCAAUAAAUUGAAAAAUAUGAUUAAUGAAGAUGAAUAA